GUCCACGGGCGCUCCGACUGCACCCCAGCGCAACGUCCCAAUGAAGGAGGCCGACGCGAUUAAACUGUUUAUCGGGCAAAUUCCCCGAAACCUGGAGGAGAAAGAUCUGAAGCCCAUCUUCGAGCAGUUCGGGAAGAUCUAUGAGCUGACGGUGAUAAAGGACAAAUACACCGGCAUGCACAAAGGAUGCGCCUUCCUGACCUACUGCGCACGUGAGUCAGCGCUGAAGGCCCAGAGUGCCCUGCACGAGCAGAAGACGCUUCCAGGGAUGAACCGGCCCAUCCAGGUGAAACCAGCGGACAGUGAAGGCAGAGGAGAAGACCGGAAGCUCUUUGUGGGCAUGCUGGGGAAGCAGCAGUCGGACGAGGACGUGAGGAAGAUGUUCGAGCCCUUCGGCACCAUCGACGAGUGCACGGUGCUGCGGGGGCCCGACGGCACCAGCAAAGGUAGCGCCCGUCAAUCAAGCGCCCGAUCGACCCCUCCACCAAUCAGCCGCCGGAGAUUUACUGCAACCGGGGCCUCCUCCAGUCUGGUGGUGAAGUUCGCGGACACGGAGAAGGAGCGGGGUCUCCGGCGCAUGCAGCAGGUGGCCUCCCAGCUGGGGGUCUUCAGCCCCAUGACCCUGCACUUCGGGGCGUACAGCGCCUACACGCAGGCCCUGGUCCAGCAGCAAGCUCUGGUCGCUCAGUCCGCGUACCUGUCUCCCGUGGCGACGGUCGCCGCGGUGCAGCUGCAGCAAAUGGCUGCCAUCAACGCCAACGGCAUCAUCGCCACGCCCAUCACGUCCAUCGCCCCCUCCUCGGGUACGAACACGCCCCCCGCCCUCGCGGCCACACCCGUUCCCGCCCUGCCUCCACCAAUUGGAGUCAACGGCUACAGUCAGUUGCCAACUACGGCCAAUGGGCAGCCGGCUUCUGAGACGCUGUACACCAAUGGGGUUCACCCGUACCCUGCCCAGAGUCCUGUGGCAGCUUUGGAUCCUUUACAGCAGGCAUAUGCAGGCAUGCAGCACUACACAGCGGCGUAUCCAGCUGCUUAUGGAUUGGUUGGCCAGCCUUUUCCACAGCAACACACCCUGGUUGCUCAGCAACACCAGCAGCCCCAGCAACAACAACAGCGGGAAGGUCCUGAGGGCUGCAACAUCUUCAUCUACCACCUGCCCCAGGAGUUCACCGACUCCGAGAUGCUCCAGAUGUUCCUGCCCUUCGGCAACGUCAUCUCCGCCAAGGUCUUCGUCGACCGCGCCACCAACCAGAGCAAGUGCUUCGGCUUCGUGAGCUUCGACAACCCCGCCAGCGCGCAGACGGCCAUCCAGGCCAUGAACGGCUUCCAGAUCGGCAUGAAGCGCCUGAAGGUGCAGCUGAAGAGGCCCAAGGACGCCAACCGGCCCUACUGAGGCGCCUGGGAAAGACAGGGACAGGCGGAACUUAUGAGGGGGUGCAGUGAAGAACUCACUGGGGAGUCCGUGCUCUGACUUGCUGUUAACGCUUAGCGUACAAGUGCACUGGCCAUAUAAUGACACAAUCACACCGUACGAGUCAAAUCACAAAUAUUAAUAAGUGUGUACUGACUCAAUGCAGUCAAUGCGUAUGCAGUAACAAAUCAAUACAUAUUUUCGAGAUUCUCUCUCUCUCUCUCUCUCUCUCACACACACACACACACACACGGCUGUACAUGCUAAAGUCAACCACACAAAAACAUAUCAAUUUACUUGCCUAGAAAAAAAAAAUUGGUUUGAUUCAUGCGCUUAGUUAGUUGUACGAGGUGUAAUAAGUUGUGGAGAAAGAAUGCAGCGAAAUUGGGCUGGAGAUAAGACAGUACGGAUUGAAAAGUGGAAUAUCGAAUUAUAAUGUAUUACUGCUUUUGGUCUAUCAUGUUGUGAGUUAGCAUCUCUACCUAUAAAGAAAAGAAAAAAGAAAUGAACUACUUAAAAAGACUUCAAGAAAAAAGAAGACACUUCUAACUGUAAAUAAUUUAGUUUACGAAAAUAAGUUUAAAAAACAACAAAAAAUGCUAAAUAAACAUUAUUAUUAUUAUUAUUAUUAUUAUUAUUAUUAGAGUAUAGUAUUAAGGUUUAGGAAAUGGGUUGAAAAAGCAACAAAUAUCAAAUUGCAAUGUAGAUUUUUUAGCUGUUGGUAUGUUGUGGGAGGGCAGAAAUUGGGGGAAUUUUAAUAUUUGAAAUAUUUUUAUUUGCUAAUUUAUUUAUUAAUAAGGGAAAGGGGCAAUUUUUAUUUAAGAUUUUUUAGAGAAUCGAUUUCUGGGGUCUGUACAUUUCAGACUUUAAUUGAAAAAUUAUAAGUAUGAAUUAAUCAUUAUACUGAUUGAUAUUUCUUAUUUAUGAAUUGAUGUUUUUGAUCCUCUCUUUUUAAGUUAAAAUAAAAAAACAUGAACAUUAA